UGUCGGCGGAUAACUGAGGACCGUCGGGGUGAACCAAAAUGCCAGCUGCCAAUUUCCGGCUAUUUUUCUUCCUUCGGGUUCCUCUCGGAAUAUCGCGGCCCAUGAAAAAGGAGACAAUUUAGGCACCGGUUGAGCGUGGUACUCGCAAAUUUGAACUCCACCAAACAUCGGCCACUUCUACAAGAUUUUUAGAAAGAUGCGCAGUGUUUUCGCCAGGAAUCGGCAAUGGUUGUGUGUGUAAUUACGGUUUUAAUCUUGGGGUUAUUGGCCUUUGUGCACGCGCUCUGCAACUACACCCGCUUAAGCACAGUUCCAGGUCCUCUGUUCACUGGCAUAUCUGACUUGUGGAGGGCAUACGCUCGCAGUACAAGCGACUAUGGUUGUAGUCUAGCUGGCCUUCAUAAGAAGUACGGCAAGGUCGUCCGCUUAGGGCCUCAUUCCAUCAGUGUUUCCGAUCCUACGGCCAUCUUCCCGGUCUAUAAUGGUCGGCCGAGUGAAAGGUCAACAUUUGAAUAUGAUAAUCGUACCGUAUGCACCCAAGGCUCGUCUGCGAGGUCGACCGAUCUUGAAAGUAAUCUACUGAGCAAGGCCACUCGACGGAGGUGUCUGGAAUCGGCGAUGCGAUAUGAAGGCAUCAUUGAUCAGGCAGCCAACGAUUUGAUCACAUCUUUGGGACAACAUCCCCUGGUACAUCUAACGACCUUGCUUCAGGGCUUUGCCUCUGAGUUCAUUCAUCGUCUGGUCCUGGAAGAAUUGACCACGCGAGACAUGCCUUCCAGCGCUCAGGGGGCAGGCUGUCACUGGUAUAACCGCCCAACCAAAUGGCUGACGUUACCAGUGAUCGAAUAUGCGCUCCUAAAAAGCCCGCCCGCUAGGUUAAAAAGGCGCCGCGGCAUUUCAUUUGUUCACAGGAAGGUUCAGGGAGAGUUCAACCGCAGUCAAUCAUCUAGGGCUAUGCAUGAUCGUGCAAUUAGCUCCGACCUCAGCCUUCCCCGGAGUUGUAGCAAUACAGACAGCGCAUAUACCUGUAUUGCUAUGGCGUUUGUUUCAACAUUCUCCUCCCUGUUAAGAAACGAAAACGUGAUGACGAGACUCCGAUCUGAGGUAGACACGGCGUCCAACAAGGGCCUACUCUCCGACCCUCCCCGGUGGCAGGAACUGGGUAAACUGCGUUACCUUGAUGCUGUUAUCAAGGAAUCAAUGCGCCAGCUGCCUAGCUUAAGCUACAACCGUGAGGUCGUAACACCCCCCGAAGGCGCUAUCGUUGCAGGGUACUACAUUCCUCCGGGAACCAUGAUGGAACUUCAUUCGGAAGCCUUACGAGACGAUCCUGGUAUCUAUGGGGAGGACGUUCACAACUAUCGGCCGGCACGAUGGCUCACUGCUGACCCGCGACAACGGUGGGCCAUGAACCAAAAUCUACUACAGUUCAGCACCAGCAUCAAUAAUCGCCCAAAGGUUUGGGUCGCUUGGCUGGAGUUGAAAAAGAUUGUUGUCUUAGUGCUCUUAAAGUUCAACUUGCAGCUCGUACGUCCUGGUGAAGCAUUAAUUACCGGUGAUAGGUCUGACCAGGGCUUGCCACCAUCAAUGGCAUACUGUACCCCGCGAAACCACUGAGUCGUGGA